UCAUUGGCCGCGGCGAGGGCGCUGCCAUGUUGGAGGAAGCGGUGCCUUCUGUGAGGUGGAAACGCCGUGGCUUCACCCAUAGCGUUGGGGAGCGCAGCCUCCUACCUUUCCUUCUCGCUGGAGUGUUGGUGCUGAGAGGCGGCGGCCGGCGGGAUGGAGAGAAGUAGGAUGAACCUGCCCAAGGGGCCGGACACGCUCUGCUUCGACAAGGACGAGUUCAUGAAGGAAGAUUUUGACGUCGAUCACUUUGUGUCUGACUAUAGGAAGCAUGUCCAGCUGGAGGAACUAAGAGGAGAUCUGGAACUCUACUAUAAACUUCUUAAAAUAGCCAUGGUGGAGCUCAUCAACAAGGAUUAUGCAGAUUUUGUCAACCUUUCCACAAACUUGGUUGGCAUGGACAAAGCCCUCAAUCAACUUUCUGUGCCUUUGGGACAGUUACGAGAAGUUCUGGUAAGUCCCAAAUUAAUGAAAACAGUCUGCUGUGACGCCUGUUGUCCUCGUCGGCUUUUCUCUAAGAAUUCUAUUCAUCUGUUAGUUUGGUGGUACUGGUGGUUGUAUUUUAACGGUUCAUGAUUAUAAUAUUCACCUUCAGAAGAGUUGUAAAUGAUCUUGUUUUUGCAUAUGCUAAAAACCUAAAAAAAAUGUUCGAUUUGAAGAAGACAUAUUCUCAGAGUAGACAACCUUAAAAUGUCAGGGGAGAAGAAGCGUAUUUCCAAAUUCAACGUAUUAAUGCCACUUUGGUCAUAUGUAAGUGGUUUCUAACUUACGAAUGACUUGUAUUUUAACAGUUUGUAAUCUUGUAAAUAUCCCCCCCCCCCCACGUAAUCUACAUGUGGUUAGGUUCCUGGGCUGAUCUACAAAAACUGUGUAAUCCCUAAUGGAACUGAAGGAUAAUAUAAAUAAAAUGUAAUACUUAAUAAA